CAGGACGACAAUCCCCACAUUACCUAACUGCAACCCGUCACUUGUUCCGUACUAUCGACAAUGUCGGAGGAGGAAUAUAAGGAUUAUCUCGCCGCGAGAGUGCUCACGGAGAGCAAGCCAGUCACGUACAGGCUGCUGUCACGCGCGCUCCAGGUCAAUGUGAACGUCGCCAAGUUGAUGCUCUUUGACUUCCAUCAGAAACAAAACGCGAGAAAAUCCAAGUCCGUUCACGCAACCUACCUCAUAACCGGCACAAGACAUAUCACCAAAAGCACCAAUGGCGUCAAUGGAGAGGAUACUGCUAUGCCAAGCUCCUCGUUUAUGAGCACGAUGUCAGAUACUGAGGACGCCGAGGAAGAAGUGCCUGUCAAGAAGACCACAAUUCUCCUUGUUCGCGAAGAGGAACUCGAGAAAACCCGCGCAGAGUUCGAAGAUGAGACGUCGAUUCACAUUUACAGUCUCGAGCCAGGGCCAAUUGAGAACUUGAACGUACUUUCAGCAUGUAACCACGAGAUAGCUACGGAAUAUUUGGACGAAGAUCCUCUCGCGCGCUGGAAGACAUAUGGGACGAUACACAAUCCUCACGUCAAGCGAAGGACUGUCAAAUAUGCUCCUCCAGCCGCUGCUCCCGCUCCGAAAACUGCAGCAACACCUGCUGCCAAGCCCCUCGCAAAAUCAAUCGUCGUCGCACAGACGAAGAAGAAGGAACCCUCCGCACCCGCGAGUAAAGGGAGUGUCUCCGGAGACAACACCUCAGGACGAUCAACGCCGCAGCCAGCGCCUGGGCCCAGUACCCUCAGGAGAUCAGAUUCAAAAUCAGGUGCUAAGAAGGACACGGCCGCUGGAGAUAUCUUUAAGUCUUUUGCGAAGGCAAAGGCAAAGCCGAAGGAGGCUGCGAAAUCCAAGGAGUCAACGCCUGCGCCUGUUGAAGAUGAACCUAUGCUAGGCAUGUCUGAAGACGAAGGGGACGAUGAUGAACCUGAAGUCAAAGUAGACGAGGAGAAGAACGAGGCAGCUCGCAAGGCCCGUGAGGAGCGUGCGGCAAAGCUGCGUAAGAUGAUGGAGGAUGACGACGAUGAGAUGCUGGACGCGCCAGCGGCGGACGAGAAGGACUCACAGGCAACAAUGACAGACGCGGCGGACACACCUAGUCAACCCGAAGUUGAACCUGCAGUUACUGUGGAGGGUGGUAGGAGACGAGGUCGAAGACGAGUAACAAAGAAGAAGAAGGUCAAGGACGAGGACGGUUAUCUUGUAACCAAAGAGGAGACUGUGUGGGAGUCCUUUUCUGAAGAUGAACCGGAACCCAAGAAGCUCAAACCUGCACCCUCUAAGCCAGCAGCCGCAGCGAAGGGAAAGAACGCUGGCAAGAAGGGCCAAGGCAGUAUCGCCAGCUUCUUCAAGAAGGCGUAGGUUUUGCCUGGCUGGAACUUUCAUCCGUGUCUGGAGCGCAUGCUCAGUUUGGCUGUCGAGAUGAAGCUCGAAUCUACAAAAUAUUUUGCUUCAUACAUCAAUUCAAUACUCAAGACGAUACUC